GAUUAAUAAAGGGACUAAGCCGAAAAGAAAAUGAAUAUCUUAAAAAAUGACUGUGGACUAAAAGCUCUGAAUGAAAAUAAAUCAUUUUUUCAAUACUGAACAGUGGUCUUUCAAGACAUGUCAUUAAACCUGUGUGUGAGGUCUGUCUUAUGUGUGAUUUUCACAGACACAUUGUGAAAUCAGUUGAAUAUGGAGAUCAUCACAAGGAUCGUGUUUGCUCUGCUGCUGACAAUUUUACUCCAAGACGGGGGAGAUUUCAGUCCAGCCUCUGAAAGAGCUGAGCUUUCAGAGAGCCACCAUCAGCGACAUCCACGUGAACUGGCGCUCAUUGAAUCGAAUACUGAUGAAAAGGUCUUAAACGUUGACCAGAAAGCAUCUGAUCAAAACACCAACUUGGAGUGGGUCACAUCAGAAGGAGUGCCGAAAGAUGCAGUUUUAUUUUCCGAAGAAGGAAAGAAAUAUUACAUUGCUAAAUAUGUCUCGAAAUGUGAGCUUUGCUUUUACGACAGCAAAUCAGAGUCAUGUUUUAAAAUAUUGUCCAACAGGAAAUGGGAAUCUGUUAAAAUUUCAACAUUGAAAGACUUGAUGUUUUUAGUGAACAGGGAUAACUUUGAACUGCUGGAAUGGAAGAAAUACAGCAAUAAAAAGUUUCCACCAAUGUCACUGGUGGUAUGUGGUAAAUGUAUUGCUAAAAGUGCAGAUAUGAAGACACAAACUGAUGGGGAAGUGCUCGCCAUAAACACUGACAUUAAAGUGCAACAUUUAAAUGUUGUUGAGUAUCAAAUAUCAAGUGCGGUGACAACAGAAAACCUUGAAGUGCUCAAACAUUUCAAAGCUUCCAACAGGAACUGCAAAUCAUCAAAACAUACAGUAAAACUGGACCAAAACAUCGAUAAAACAUAUUCUUAUCAAAUUGGUAAAGUCCGUACAUUCGGAAUCAACACAGAGGUGUCAGUCUCUGGUGAAAUCCCAAGUAUUGCAAAAAUACUAGGAAAACUUGGGUUUAAGUAUGAGCGCUCACGAUCUCGAGUUAACACUACAUCUGUACUUGAGAAAAACCUUCAUUCUGUGAGCACGGAUGUGGAGAUUCCGCCUAACCAUUCCUGCACCGUUGACAUUACAAGCAAUAUCUUAAAAACUGAAGUCCCGUUCACUGGUGAGAUCACAAGAGUGUAUAACAACAACCAAAUGAAAAAGACCUUGGUCAACGGCACCUACAUCCAUCAGGAAGUAGACGAAAUCGAAACACUUGUGAAUCCCUGUCAGCCACUCUCUGGUGGAACAAAAUGUAACUAACCAUGUGUGCAUGCUCUAUACCUGAAAACCAAUAACGUUGUGUAUUAGUGUAUGACACGUAUUGAUCAGAGAAAUAAAAAUGAAGCAUUCAAAAGACCAUCAGCGUUGUCAUUUACCUCUUAUCCAGUGUGUCUGUAAGAAACAGUUUAUGAUUAUGGAACACUUUUAACGAAAUGCUAUUAAAAUACUGACAAUUAACUGCAAAUGCACAUUUUAUUUAUGCCAUAUAGCAUUGUUUCCCA